AUGAAUAGGCUGUUUGCUCCACUUACUCUAAAUGACCUCCAGCUCUGGUAUUACCCACCACAGCCAGCACUUAUUUACAAUCAGGCUCCAGCUCCAGACAGAUUCUUUUGUCAUUCUUUUCUGCUGUGGAUGCCGUACAAGCUGUGGAGGGUUAAGGUUCUCUGUCCCAAUCCUGCCUGUGGACAACAUCAGCUGACAGGAGGUGGUCUGCACAAAAGGUCACGGCAGGUUCUAGACAUUGACAGAACGUACAACAUGGUCACAGAAACCCUCAUCUGUACCAAGUGUAGAGCCUCGCAUGUGUCCUGGAGUCAGACUGUCCUGCAGCAGCUAGAUCUGGGCCAUCGCUCUGAGUUUCAGGUCAUCCUCACGCGGAAGUACGCCUGUGAUAUGCGGGUCAUCCGGCUCCUGCGUGAGCGUGGCUUAGGCAACAGCCCCACGCGGGUGAUCAAGCAGCUGCGUGAAAACCACAGCGAGCAGUGGCUCCAUCGUCUGGCCCGGUACACCACCCAAUGCGUUGACUUCCUCAAUCAACCCGGGGUGAUGCCAGUAAAAUUCCAGGAGCCCCCAGAGCCUACAGUGGUGCCAAGCUGCAAGUGGCUGCUCACCGUUUACAGCCAAGACAUCCUGACAAGGCUGGAUGAAAUCCAUGCAAGGAUAACAUCCACCUAUGGCUCUGUCUUGAAGAUGGAUUCUACUAAAAAGAUCACCAAGAAGCUGGCUGGGACAGCGAGGGGAACGGGACUCUGGCUUACCUCUGUUGGCAAUGAGUUUGGUCAGGUGCUCAUAAGUGUGCUGACAGCCCAGGAAGGAGCAGGACUGGACAUGAUGGUAGACGGUCUGGUGAAAAGAUACCAGCAGGCUGGUGUGGAUCCACCUGCUGUGUUGUACGUGGACUGUGGGUGCUGCACCGAGGUGGGCGAGACCAAGCUGAAAACCAGAUUCAGAGGCUGGCCAGAUCUCGUGAUACGCUUGGACAUCUGGCAUUUUAUGCGCAGGAUUGCCUUGGGGUGUACAACUGAUGCCCAUCAGCUGUACCCCAUCUUCAUGUCACGGCUAUCAGCAUGCAUCUUUGAAUGUGAUGCGGCUGAUGUCUCUAUGCUUCGAAAAGCAAAGAGAGAGCUGUUGAUGUCCCAGGGUUGGCCUGCGCUGACAGAUGACGAUGCCAACAAGCAUCUGACCAGGGAGGAGCUGGCUCUACAUUGCCGGAGGAGGACCCGUGGAGAGGAGACUACCAUCCUUCACCUUGAACGACUGCUUACCGAGCUCCUGAGCAGCAAGGGCAAUGACUCCCUGGGUGUUCCUCUCCUGGACCGAGAAAGGAUGGAGCACAUCUGGAGUGUCCAGAAGAAGCACGUCAAGUGUAUCCAAGACCCCCCUGGUGUUGCGCUCUAUACUGAGACCGGGAGCUUAACCAAGGGAGGUGUGCUUCUGAAGACAUACAGAUGUGCCAGAGGCUCCACUUCUCUUGAAUCCUUUCAUUUACACCUUAACCGUUUCAUCCCAGGGACCAGUGCAAACAGUCUGAACUUUCAGAUUUAUUUGCUGGAGGGUCUACACCGGUGGAACCAGGAUCGGGAGGCUGCUUCGCUGUCAUCGGAGCCAUCAGCUUUGCGCAGCUACACAGGAGAACUUGUUCACUGUGUAAACCGCAAUUAUGAAAAGCUGUUUGGCAGGAAAGUGGUCCCCACGUUUUGUCCUCCUGCACGUUACACCGGUGAGCUCAUUGGAGUGCAGUAUCUGUUCCAGCAGACUGGACAGGCAUUGCAGGACAUGAACCCAGACUCUGAAGAGACGGCAGAACUCAUCGAGGACCUUAAUGUGGAGGAGCGAGAGGAAGAUGAGGGCUUCUGUGACAUCAGCGAGGAUCACACCAUUGCAGAUCCAGAGGUUGUUCUGUCACCACCCUCCUCCACACUGACACUGGGUUCUUCCACCCUGGUUGACACGGCUGACACGGCUGUACUGGGUUCUACAUCCCCUUCACUGGUCCCUGACCCCAGGACUGCUGUCUCACCGGUUCCCUCUGAAACAUCUGUUUCACCACUCCCCUCAGAACCAGAGGAUGCUGGUCAGGAUGAUGAUGAAGAGAUGGCUGUUGACUACCAAAAUGUCCCGGGAUAUGAACAUGUGGACAGGCUGGCAGAAUAUCUGGUGGAGAUCCGGGGUCACAAAGCCCUCAGCCUGACCAAUCAGGAAGCCAACAUCAUAAUUGCACUUUGGCAGAACCUGGAUGACCGGGACAAGCAACGGUUGGUGUAUGCAGCUCGACACCAGAAGAGACUGCUGAGUGGACGCUUCAGAGUACCAAAGAGGCCCACUCACACCCCUGGAGUAGAGAGCACCAUCAGAAGUGUGCUGGGUGCAAGCAGUGCACCUGCUCAGUGGCCUGACUGUUGCCGUCUGGUGGAGACCAUCUUCAUCAGGCUUUGCACAAUUCACCCAAGCCCCAAAAGAAAAGGCAAGGGAACGCUGUCGAGAUGGUCUCUGAUCCUCCAAACUAUUGUUCCCCAGCUUGAGCGCAGCGCCUUAGACCGCUCGGCCACACUACCCAGUGGGUCCUUGUUCCACUGGCCGCUUUGUCCGGUGGAAUGGCCGCCCCGAUGCUGA